CGGGACGGAAAGAGAUCGUCGUUCAUCCUCAGAGAGCGAGAGAGGAAUUGAGAGAGAGAAAAGGGCUGGGAGAGUGGAGAAGCUCAUCGAUCCGUCUCGAUCUCUGAUUUCGCCUGCGUCGACGGUUCUCGGCUAUCGGAUCUCCCCGGCGACAAUGACGACUUCAAGGCGUCUUGCAGAUAGGAAGGUGUACAGGUUUGAAAAGAACAUCACAAGAAGAGGAUCUGUCCCUGAAACCAACACCAAAAAGGGGAAGGACUAUCCAGUUGGCCCGCUGCUUUUGGGGUUCUUCGUCUUUGUAGUCAUCGGCUCAUCGCUGUUCCAGAUAAUCAGAACUGCAACGAGUGGGGGUAUGGCAUGACUGCUUACUGGUAGGUGAUGAUUUUGACACAAGGAAAAUGGCGGACGACUCUUUGGGCGGUUGGACUUUGUCAUCUGUAGGAAUGAAUAUGUGCAUGUACUAUUUACCGUAAAGUACAUUAUUAAUAAAUUCCGGAACUCGUUUCGGCUUUUCUCGGUGCAAA